AAGCCAUAAACCAUAAACCCUUCUCUCUCUCCCUCUCUCCGAAAUCCCUUCUUCAACCAAUGAUGCAGGCUCUGUUAAGCCCUCCAUCAAACACCGUCUCGACAGCUCUUUUGAAAUCCCCACACCGGUCACGCUAUCAUGGCCGUCCAUCCAUCCGCGCUUCAGCCAUCCCAACCGCCGAAUCCCCACCUCCCCUCCUCUCGGAAGAGAAGCUCAACAGGUACAGCGCCCGCAUCACGGGGCCCAAGUCGCAGGGUGGGUCCCAGGCCAUCCUUUAUGGGGUGGGCCUGUCUGACGAAGACAUGCACAAGCCCCAGAUCGGCAUUUCCUCCGUCUGGUAUGAGGGGAACACCUGCAACAUGCACUUGAUGCACCUCUCUGAGGCCGUCAAGGAAGGCGUCUGGGAGGCCGGCAUGGUUGGCUUCCGGUUCAACACUAUCGGCGUCAGCGAUGCCAUAUCGAUGGGCACCAGGGGCAUGUGCUUCAGCCUGCAGUCGAGGGACCUGAUUGCCGACAGCAUUGAGACCGUCAUGUCUGCUCAGUGGUAUGACGGCAAUAUCUCCAUCCCCGGCUGUGACAAGAACAUGCCAGGUACGAUUAUGGCAAUGGGACGCCUCAACCGACCCAGUAUCAUGGUUUAUGGUGGAACCAUCAAGCCCGGUCACUUUCAAGGCCAUUCUUUUGAUAUUAUAUCAGCCUUUCAGUGUUAUGGAGAGUAUGUUGGUGGGUCAAUCACUGAUGAUCAGAGAAUGAAUGUUGUUCGCAAUUCAUGUCCUGGAGCAGGGGCUUGCGGUGGCAUGUAUACCGCCAAUACCAUGGCUUCUGCCAUUGAGGCAAUGGGCAUGUCGCUUCCCUACAGCUCCUCAACACCAGCGGAGGACCCAUUGAAAUUAGAUGAGUGCCGUUUGGCUGGGAAAUACCUUUUGGGGUUACUAGAACAAGACCUUAAACCACGGGACAUUAUCACCGAAAAAUCUUUACGCAAUGCAAUGGUGAUUGUUAUGGCCCUUGGUGGAUCUACCAAUGCUGUGUUGCAUUUGGUUGCCAUCGCUAGGUCUGUUGGUCUGCAGUUAACUCUUGAUGACUUUCAGAAGGUCAGCGAUGAGGUUCCUUUUCUUGCUGAUCUCAAGCCUAGUGGCAAAUUCGUCAUGGAGGAUGUUCACAAGAUUGGAGGGACGCCUGCAGUGAUUCGCUACCUUUUGGAGCAAGGGCUUUUGGAAGGGGAUUGCAUGACUGUGACUGGAAAGACACUGGCGGAAAAUGCUAAGCUUUUCCCUACUUUGGCUGAAGGUCAGCAAGUAAUACGGCCACUAGCAAACCCAAUCAAGGCAACAGGUCACCUACAGAUAUUAUAUGGCAAUUUAGCACCAGAGGGCUCUGUGGCAAAAAUUACCGGGAAAGAAGGACUAUAUUUCUCAGGUCCAGCACUUGUUUUUGAAGGUGAGGAAUCUAUGAUAGCAGCCAUCUCGGAGAAUCCUAUGAGAUUUAAGGGAAGAGUUGUUGUUAUUAGAGGAGAGGGACCAAAGGGGGGACCUGGGAUGCCUGAAAUGCUGACUCCCACAAGUGCUAUAAUGGGGGCAGGUCUUGGGAAGGAGGUUGCAUUGUUGACUGAUGGUAGAUUCUCAGGUGGCUCUCAUGGGUUUGUCGUGGGUCAUGUAUGCCCUGAAGCGCAGGUUGGUGGGCCAAUUGGUUUGAUUCAGAAUGGGGAUGUAAUCACGAUCGAUGUUCAGAAGAGAAGAAUGGACGUUCAUUUGACGGAUGCAGAGUUGGCAGAGAGAAGAAAGAAAUGGACCCCACCCGCGUACAAGGCCACCAAAGGGGUCCUAUACAAGUACAUCAAGAAUGUGCAAUCUGCUUCAAGAGGAUGCGUGACUGAUGAGUGAGAAGCGGUUGCAUCCUUAAUCAUCUGCUCAUGCAUUUUUUUAAAAAUAAUCCAUCAUGCAAACCUCUCAUUGCCCCGCAUCUCGGGCUAUUUCUGAAAUGAUGAUGAGCAGCAGAAACCUUCUGCGGGAGGAUAUUAUGCUUUAGUGAGGUAAUUGGGUUUUGAUUUUAUUUUUAUUUCUCAUUGUUUUGUUUUGAGUUAGUUUUAACUUGUACGUUAAUCACGGAAUGAUUUGUUUGUUUUUUAGUUUUAACUUGUGCGUUAGGGCUGUAAGAGUUUGCUAUGGCUGGUUUCACUGUCCAAUCAAGAAUUAAGGGUUAUGAGAA